AUGACACCAGACACUAAUGCAGAGCUAACAGAGAGGGAUUGCCAACCAUCCUCCACUCUCAUUGUCGAAGGUCAGCCUGCCAAUUCCAGUGAGAACAGAGGGCACCACCACACAGACCAACCUGGUCCUGUCACAGAUAAGGAAAAAGCUAUUAAACCAAAUCUCCAGAUAACUUUUAACACAUUUUCUGUCAAGAAUAGUGAAGAUCUAAAAGUAGAGAUCCCGGUGGUUGGGAGCCCAGUGCCAAAGAUUGAAUGGAAAAGAGAUGGACUGGCAGUCAAAGAGACGUCCAGGCUAGAGAUUUCAACGACAUCCUCAUUGACAGUUCUUCAUAUCAGACAUGCUACCAGGGAGCACUCUGGUCAUUACUCUAUCAUGGCAAGCAACAGUGCUGGAAAAUACACGGGAGAAAUCACUUUGGUUGUUCUUGAAAAGCCUGAUCCACCCAAAGGGCCUGUAAGGAUUGAUGAGGUCAGUUCUGACUAUGUUACCAUAUCCUGGGAGCCACCAGAAUACACAGGAGGCUGCCAGCUAGACAACUACAUUGUGGAGAAACGUGAAACUACAAGUACAGAUUGGCAGACUGUGUCAGCAACAACUGUAAGAACUACAAUCAAAGUCACCAAACUGAAGACAGGUAGUGAAUACCAAUUCAGAGUGUUUGCUGAAAAUAGGUACGGAAAGAGUACCUCAAUCACAUCUCCCAUUGUAAUGGCACAGUAUCCUUUCAGUGUGCCCACUUCUCCUGGCACCCCCUUUGUGUCUACAGUGACUAAGUACAGUAUGUUGGUUGACUGGGAACCUCCAGCCAAAGAUGGAGGCAGCCCCAUCAUUGGCUAUCAUCUUGAACGCAAAGAAAAAAACAGCAUUUUAUGGACCAAGCUGAACAAACUCAUUGUAUCUGACGUCCGCUUCAAAACAACUGGACUGGAGGAAGGCAUUGAGUAUGAAUUUAGAGUCUUUGCUGAGAAUGCUGCUGGACUAAGCCCAUCUAGCAAGAUAUCUGAAUGCUAUGUGGCAAGAGAUCCCUGUGAUCCACCUGGUAAACCUGAAGCUGUUGUCAUCACUAGAGAGAAUAUCACAAUUCAGUGGGCAAAACCCAGGUAUGACGGUGGAAGCAUCAUUACAGGCUAUGUUGUUGAAAAGAAAGAGCUUCCAGAUGGCAGGUUUAUGAAGGCAAACUUCACAAAUGUUCUUGAAACUCAGUUCACACUCUCAGGUCUGACAGGAGGCCAAAGUUAUGAGUUUAGAGUAAUUGCCAAGAAUGGUGCAGGUGUUUGGAGCACACCUUCAGAAAGUGUAAUUAUCAUCGCUCAGGAUGUUAUUGAAGGGCCAUCAGUAUUCAUGGAUCCUAAGUUCAAGACUACUACCGUUGUCCAGGCCGGUGAGACAUUCAAUAUUGAAGCUGAUUACUUUGGGAAGCCCCUCCCUGAAGUAAGGUGGCUAAAGGACGGUAGGGAAAUCACCAAAUCUACACAGAGAAUGGAUGUAAAAAACACCCUCACCCAUACAUCUCUGACUGUAAGGGACUGCACACGUGUGGAUGGGGGACACUUUGUCUUGAGCCUCAGUAACAUUGGUGGAACAACAUCUACCCAAGUUAAUGUGAAGGUCCUGGAUAGACCUGGUCCACCAGAUGGAUUUCUGAGGGUGAAAGUUGUCAGUGCAGAGAAGUGUAGUCUUCACUGGAACCCCCCCUUAAAUGAUGGUGGUGCCAGUGUUUCCCACUACAUCAUUGAAAAAAGGGAGACCAGCCGUGUCACAUGGACAGCAGUUGAACCUCAUGUUGAAGCGGUCAGUUACAAAGUGACAAAACUGUUGCCUGGCAAAGAAUAUAUAUUCAGAAUUGCUGCUGUGAAUAAAUUUGGUGUUGGAGAAUUUCUGGAAUCAGAACCCUUUAUUGCACAAAACCCUUUUACAACACCUAGUGCACCUCCUACCCCUACAGCCAGUGCAGUGACUGGAGACUCUGUAGUGUUGACUUGGGAGAGGCCUGAGACUGAUGGGGGCUCAGAGAUUGAUGGCUACAUUCUGGAGAAACGUGACAAAGAGGGUGUCAGGUGGACUAAGUGCAACAAGAGAAGACUGAAUGACUUGCGUUUCCGAUGCACCGGUCUUACUGAGGGUCAUUUCUAUCAGUUUAGAGUACUGGCAGAGAAUGCUGCUGGUGUGGGUGCACCCAGUGAGCCAAGUGAGUAUAUUAAAGUCUGUGAGGCUACUUACCCUCCUGGUCCCCCUACCAAUCCCAAAGUGACAGACCAUUCCAGCAGUACUGUGUCUAUGAACUGGUCAAAGCCCAUAUAUGAUGGUGGAUCUGCCAUCAGUGGAUUUGUAGUUGAGAUGAAAGAAGCAGCAGAGGAUGAGUGGAUCACGUGUACACCCAGCACAGGUGUAGAGGACACAAACUACACUGUGAGGAGACUGAGAGAAAAUGCAAUGUACAAUUUUCGUAUACGUGCGAUGAAUGUUGCUGGAGUUGGAGAGCAUGUGGAUCUACCUGAGUCUGUGGUAGUGACUGAAAAACUGGAGGCACCUGAGAUUGAGUUGGAGACUGCUUUGAGAAAGAUUGUCAGUGUUCGAUCCUGUUCCACAUUAUGUCUCUUUGUCACCAUAAGAGGAAGGCCAGAACCUGAGGUCAAAUGGUCCAAGGAAGGUGGCACUCUCAGUGAGCGGGCUCAAAUUGAGGUAACAAGUUCCCACACACAGUUACUGAUUGAGAAUGUCAAUAGAAAUGACACAGGGAAGUAUGUGUUGACUGCUAAAAACUGUAAUGGCUCCAAAUCAGCAUUUAUCAAUGUCAGAGUACUGGACUCUCCCAGUGCACCAACAAACCUAGAGGUGAAAGAUGUAAAGAGAGACUCUGUGUCCGUCUCCUGGGAGCCACCUCUCAUUGAUGGAGGAGCAAAGAUUUCACACUACAUCGUAGAAAAGAGAGAGGAAGCUAGGAAGGCAUUCUCAAAUGUCUGUAGCAACUGUGUGAGAAACUCGUACAAGGUUGACAAUCUCCAAGAAGGAUGCUUUUAUUAUUUCCGUGUACUGGCAGUUAAUGAGUUUGGCACUGGACUGCCAGUAGAGACCAGUGAGGCUAUAAAAGUGUCUGAGGCUCCUGUGCCUCCUGGGAAAAUCUCCCUCAUUGAUGUUAGCUGUAGUAGUGCAAGACUCUGUUGGGAGAAGCCUGACCAAGACGGAGGAAGUAAAAUCACAUGUUAUAUUGUAGAACUGCAGGCUAAAGGAGAUGACACAUGGACAAUAUGUUCAGAGGGUAAAGCAUUGGAGGUGACUAUUAAUGGACUGUCAAAAGGAAAAGAGUAUUUCUUCAGAGUGAGUGCUGUGAAUGAAAAGGGAAAGAGUGAACCAAAGUCCCUGUUGGCACCUGUUGUCAUUAGGAACACAAGUGCUGAGCCCAUUAUUAAUUUGCUGUCCAAUACAUUCAGUGUGAAGGCAGGGAGUGAUUUAAAGAUAGAUGUUCCAUUCAAGGGUGUGCCAAAGCCAGAAGUAACCUGGAAAAAAGAUUGCAACAUCUUGAAAGAGACGAGCAGGGUAAAUGUGCACACAUCUGACACAUCAUCUCAGAUCAUUAUCAGAGAUGCAACAAGGUUAGACGUUGGUGUGUAUGAGUUGACCCUCACCAACUCAGUUGGCACCACAUCCACUGAAAUUUUUGUUAAUGUUUUUGAAAGACCUGGACCACCAAGUGACCUCAGUGUGGUUGAGGUGAGUGCUGAUUUUCUGUCUCUGUUAUGGCAGCCCCCACAUUAUACUGGAGGAUGUCAAAUCAGCAAUUAUGUUGUUGAGAAGAGAGAUACAAGUAGCACAAUAUGGCAGACUGUGUCCGCUACAGUUGCCAGAACAUCAAUUAAAAUUUCCCGUCUAACACAGGGCACGGAAUAUCAGUUCCGUAUCGCUGCAGAGAAUCGCUAUGGCAAGAGCCAAUUUGUUGAUUCUGAAGCUGUUGUUGCACAGUAUCCUUUCAUGCCCCCUGGUCCACCUACCAACCUCCAUGUUGCGAAUGCCUCAAAGUCUAUCAUGGUGAUUGCAUGGAACAAGCCAGACAGUGAUGGUGGGAGCCCUAUCAUUGGUUAUCAUAUUGAAUGCAAAGAUCAGAGCAGUAUCCUGUGGACAAAGUUAAACAGAAACCCAGUUACCGAGAACCAAUUCAAGGUUACAAGUAUUGAAGAGGGGCUGAUGUAUGAGUUCAGGGUUUGUGCCGAGAACAUGGCUGGUGUUGGAUCCAGCAGUAAAGCAUCUGAGCCUGUAGCAGCAAGAGAUCAGUGUGAUCCCCCAAGCAACCUCACAGUCACCAGUAUAACUAACAGCUCAGUUUCACUCUCAUGGGACAAACCAGAAUAUGAUGGCGGGGCUAAAAUAACUGGCUACAUCGUUGAGCGUAAAGAGCUCCCAGAUAGUUGCUGGCUUAAGUGCAACUUCACCAAUUUACUGGACACUUUCUUGGAAGUGACUGGCCUCACAGAGGGUGCACAGUACGAUUUUCGUGUAAUUGCAAAGAAUGCAGCUGAGCUCUUCAGUGCAUACUCUGAAACCACCGGACCUGUUACAGUGCAGUAUGAUGUGGACCCGCCCAAAAUUAUCCUGCAGGACAAAUUUAGACAGGUGGUGGUUGUCAAAACAGGAGAACUCCUAAGAAUAGAUGCUGAAAUCUCUGGCCGCCCCAAUCCUACAGUGUUGUGGUCAAAGAAUGGUAGAAAUAUCGGCACCAAGGGAAGGGUUGAGAUUACUGCAACAAAGACGCAUACCUCUCUACUCAUCAAAGAAAGUGUUAGAAAAGAUUCUGGACAGUAUAUUCUCACCCUAAAAAGCACAGGUGGUAUCACAUCUAGGGCUAUUACCUGCAAGGUCCUGGACAGGCCUGGUCCACCUGCUGGGCCUCUGGAAGUGUCUGGACUCUCUGCAGAGAAAUGCACCUUGUCAUGGGGAUCCCCUCAAGAAACUGGAGGCGCUGAGAUCAUGUACUAUAUUGUUGAGAAAUGUGAAACCAGCCGUGUAGCCUGGACCCUUGUGUAUGGUGACAUGAUGGCAACUACUUGCAAAAUAACAAAGUUGCUCAAAGGAAAUGAAUAUCUUUUUAGGGUGAAGGCAGUGAACAAAUAUGGGGAGGGAGAGACUUUGGAAAGUGAGCCCAUCAGGGCUAUGGAUCCCUUUACGGUCCCAUCUGCUCCGACUGAUGUCGAGGUCACAAGUGCAACCAGUGAAGCUAUGACUAUCUGCUGGAAGAGACCUGCCUCUGAUGGCGGUAGCCGCAUCAGCGGUUAUAUCAUUGAGAAAAGGGAGAAGCAGGGCAUUCGCUGGGUACGUGUCAAUAAGAAGCCAGUCUAUGACCUACGAGUCAAAGCUUCCUGCCUAUAUGAAGGAUGUGAGUAUGAAUUCAGGGUCUUUGCUGAGAAUGCUGCUGGUCUGAGUGAACCAAGUAUCUCAUGCCCACUCACCUUGGCAGAGGAUCCAAAGUUUCUGCCUUCACCUCCUGCAAAGCCCACCAUUAUCGAUUCAUGCAGGUCAUCAAUUACUCUGUCAUGGAACAAGCCGCUGUUUGAUGGUGGAGCAACAGUCACUGGAUACAAAGUUGAAUUCAGAAAAUCAGCAGAUGAGGUCUGGGAUGUUGGUGUGCAUAACACAGAUAAAACUGAGUUUACAGUAACUGGACUUACAUCAGGGGUAGAAUAUGUUUUUGUUGUGAAAUCUAUAAAUAAGAUUGGUAUCAGUGAGCCUAGUCCUGGAACAGAUCCUCAAGUGGCCAUGGAGAGAGAGGAGGAGCCCAAGUUUGACAUUAGUGCUGAGAUGAGGAAGACCCUUCCUGUUAAAGAUGGCAGCUCCUUCACACUGACUGUGCCUUUCACAGGCAAACCUAUUCCCAGUGUGACAUGGGAAAAAGCAGAUGUUGAUCUGAGAGUCAGAGGAUUAAUAAAUACCACCAGCUCUGUCACCUCCAUCACAGUGGAACAGUGUGAGGGUUUUGGAUUCACCUGGUCCUCCAACUCAUGUGAGAGUUAA